AUGACAACACCAACCGCAUCACCGAGCUCGCUGCGGAUCCUGUCGAUCGCGAUCGUCGGCAAGCACGGCAACCCGUUGCUGCUGCGCUCCUACUCCCCCCCGCCCGACCACCCCGCCCUCCAACACCGACACCAGCACCACGACCUCAAGUGGCAGUACGCCGCCCAUACCUCGCUGGACUUUUUCGAGGAGAGGGGUGCGUUCAUCGUCGUCUUGGCCCACCCACACCGCUGAACAAGCACGAUCCUCUCUCUCUCUCUCUCGUAGAAUCUCCCGCGGCCAAGACGGUCGACUGCUACCUUGGUCUACUGUACACGAUGGAAGACUACGCCGUGUAGGUCUUCAUCUUUGCUCUUUCGGCGUCACUUGCUGAAGCUGUGUCACUCGCCUCAGCUACGGCUACCAGACCAACACUCGCGUCAAAUUCGUUCUCAUCCUCGCCAUGGCCGAUGCGGUCGUAAGAGACGUCGAUGUCAAGAUCGUAAGUCGAUUUGGAUUUGACUCUGUUCCAUUCGAGAUGAGCCUCACGCAUGCCCUCUCUUCCCCGGACGAAAAAUUCUCCUCUCCUCCAGAUCUUCCGAGCAAUUCACAACACCUACAUCGCAUAUCUGUUCAACCCCUUCAACCCGUGCGAGACCGAAAACUUUAAUCAACUCGCACCACCGAUACAAAGUCGCAAGUUCAGGACAAAGAUCGACCUGAUCGCCGGACAGGGACAGGAACACGGAAAGGACGAAGCAGCAGCACGGUAA